UUACCGAAACAGGCAGUUGGAAUGUUUGAGUCGACUACCGAAGCAACUACCCGAGGCAACCGUGUUGACCACAGCAACUACCAGCAACGUAACAGGGGUCUCAAUCAACAUCUGAGUAAACUCACCAUCCACUGAAACAGGUAGUGGAAUGUUUGAGUCAACUACCGAAGCAACUACCCAGGCAAUUGUGAUGACCACAGCAACUAACAGCAACGUAACUGGGGAAUCAAUCAACAUCUGAAUCAACUCAUCGUCGAGCAUAACAGGCAGUGGAAUGUUUGGCAUCAACUACUGAAGCACAUACCCAGGAACCAUAAUGACCACAGCAACUUCACAGCAACGUAACUGGGGCUCAUUUAUCAUCUGCAAUCAACUCAUCAUCUCCCAUACAGGCAGUGGAAUGUUUGGCGUCAACUAAUGAAACAACUACACAGACAACCAUAAUGACCAACAGCAACUUCAAGCAAUCUAACCUGGGCUCAAUCAACAUCGCAAUCAACUCAUCAUCUCCUGUACAAAGCAUUGGAAUGUUUUGCGCCAAACUACCGAAGCAACUACCCAGGCAACCAUAUUGACCAGAGCAACUUCCAGCAAUGUAACCGGGGCUCAAUCUCAACAUCUGCAAUCAACUCAUCAUCUCCUGUAACAAGCAUUGGAAUGUUUGCUUCAACUCGGCGAAGCAACUACCCAGGGAAUUGUGAGGACCACAGCAACUUCCAGCAACGUCACUGGGUCUCAAUCAACAUCUAGAAUAAACGCAUCAUCUACCCGUAACAGCAUCAACAUGUUUGCUUCAACUAGCAAAGCAACUACCCAGGCAACUGUGAUGACCACAGCAACUUCCACCAACGUAACCAAGGCUCAAGCAACAUCUGGAGUCAAACUCACCAUCUACCAAAACUGACAGUUUCCAAUCCGAGAAAGUCGAGCAGUUCAGCAGCCUAACCUGACAACCACCAACCUCAUCCCAACGUCCAAUCUCCACCACCAGACGUCUGUUGAACUCUGAGAUGGCUACCUUAUCUUCCAAUGCAAGUAACCAGUCUCUCGCCAGUUAUACUAUUAACUGCACCUAUGGUAACAACAAUGACGACCUUGGGGGCUUCCAGAAGCGUGGGCAGUUGACACGACUAGCAAAGCAAAUACCACGAUAUCGGCGACCACGACGACUACUUUAUCCAGCGACAUCUACUCACAACAGCAGCGAGGCAACGAUGAUCACAGCCACAGCAACCGCUUCAGUGCUGAACACGACGCUUGCUGAGACACCCAUCGGAGCGAUCACCACCAAAAUACCAACGACUGUUCAAACGUCGACUGCCAACAGCACCGAGAAGAGCAGCUCUGGAACGACCCACGAUUGGACAAGCAGGCAUUGUUGGAACCACACCCACAAGUCCGACCCUUCAAGUCCACAUACCAGCCAGAGUCAAUGUGGCAUCAAGAUGUCAAACUUUUAUCCGAUGUACCAAACGAUGUACUCUGUGAGUGUCACGUGGACCUGGCCUGGCCGGCGGAGUACGGCUCCUGUCCCAAUGUUGGUGACGUUCAAGCCGGUCGGGAAUUAUAUCCGUGUGGGCGAUAACCACGAGAACACCACCGUGGAGACAUCGAACAACAUGGUCACCAUGGACGGACUGUCCCCGGGCACUAUCUACACAGUGACACUCCGAGCCAAAUACUGCAGCGGCCUGGAGCUCAACCGCUCGGUCAGCACUGAUGGCAUGGUGUUUCUCAUGACCUUCUCCAUCAAAAACUGGAACACUGGAAACAAUGAGAAGGAUUUCAUGACAGAGCUUUACAGACGCAUGCGCGCCAAGUUCUUGAACAUGAGAGGCGACGUGAACUUCACGCUGCAAGUGGACAGGUUCAACACCGUGAUCCGUCGCGUGGCCCGCAACGUCGUGUCCCCGCGCGCCCGGGAGGCACGCGACACUGUGUCUACCGUCGGCGAUUUCAACGUCCGCAUGGCGACGGACACAGCCCUCAACCUGAGCUCCCCCGCGCUCGACGAAGUGAUGCAGUCCAUCUCGAAUGAAAGUACAGACUACAGCUUCGGGGACGUGAAAGUGGCAGACUUUAACCCGUGCGCAAACGACACGGCGGAUAGCAACGACUGCGACCCGCACGCCGAUUGCAUUCCCAGCGGCGCGGGCUUGUUCACGUGCAGCUGUUGGGCCGCGUACACAACAACAGAGGGCGCAAGGCAGGGCACGGAAUGCAUAUUGGUAAGCACAGACACACCUAUCUCAACCACCAUACCUCUAUCAAGUUCAAGCACCUCACCAUCAACACCUACUGCAGAGUGGAACUGGCGGGCCCUGGUCAUCAGCCUCUGUGUUCUGGUUCCCACUGCUCUGCUCGUCAUCACAUUUUUAUCGCGGUUCCUAAUCGGUCGGCAUGGGACCUACACCGUUCAGAAGGAGUCCAAGGUUGGAAAUGCAGUGUCGCGGGCAGGCAAGGCGGUUGCAUGUGCCGUGGAGGGGGCCUUCCAACGGCUGACAGCCAGCACACACAAUUAUUCCGUGAAGACACAGCUAGGAAGUUCCUACUCUGACUCCUACAGGCAUCUGGAAGAGCAGUGACCCCUUCAAUCCCAGCCUCGUCCUUUCUGUCCAAAUCCUGAGUCUGAAGAUAUUGAUCCUGAAACCUGAGCCUCGUCUUUAGACAGUCAAAACAGAGUCUUAAACACUGAUCCUGAAUACAUUUAAAUUAAGCCGAAUCUCAAGAUUAGUAUCAACUUCCUUUAAAAAAAUAUAUCGUGUCUAAGCAUUCCUAAAGCCGUCCAACUUUAUUGGCUAAUUCUUGGUCGAGACAACAACAAUCAAGGCCGGGGUCUUCAUUCAAUUGAGCUUUAGGAUUCUUGAUAAUUGUAAGUGAGACGUAUUACUAAUCAAGCGUUUAGCUGUACACCCAUGUAGGCCAGCAUUCACAAUUUUAUGACAGGUAUCUGUUAACAUUGAGCAGGAUUCUCAGGUAAAUCAAACCCAGAAUACUCAAAUAAUUGGGAACGGCACUCUCAGUUUAUGGAGGCUGGGUCCUCAUUGAAUUUCCUAUAAUCUCAGGAGUCUGCCUUCUUGAAAACAGGUGCGAAUUUCCAAAGUUAACUUGCUGAAAUUCCAGUCACUAUGUAGGAGUACCAAUAUAUAUAAUCCGUAAUUGUCUGUCACGCUCUGUAUGUCCCAUUUGGUACAUCGGACAAAAAAUACAUGAAAAAUUGUUUCUCUGGGUGAGGACAUUAUUAGAAAUUUGUCAUCUUUUCAGAUUAACAACAUUUUGCCUCGUAAAUGUGAGAAAAUAACAUCGAAUACAGAGCAAUGGAAACGACAAUCUUCUGGAAUAAAUGCUCAUAUUUCAUCGCUAGAAUCCUCCAUUGCUAGAUGGCUUCCCCUUUGACUUAUAAUUAAAACCCAUGUUGAGGCGUAACUUCAUCGUCCCUUAAACCACGCGUACGGCUUUGCCGCGUUCACGUUGGCCGGUCGGGCUGAAAGACAACGUGAAGAUGCCAUCGCGCGUAACGCUGAAUCCUCCCAACGCACGGGGCAGGCAUGGGUGCGGUGAAGUUAUAUCCCAUGCAAAUGCGUGAGCAAUGCUUGUAUCCAAACACACUGGGUGCUCAACGAUAUGCGAAUUACUUUAAAAAAAAA